UGUUCAUAAUCAUUUUCAAUUGACAAACGAAAUUGGUUUUAUAGAAACAAAACAAAACCAUUUAAAACUUCUGUAGUCCUUAUAAGGAAUGGGAUACAGAAAAGGAUUCGUGACUAUUUUGGUCGUAUGCCUUGUUUCAAGCAGUGCGGCUGAUGUCACAAAGGCAUUGAGCCCAGACGACAACAAAUCAAACGGAAAUGACGUAGUUCCAAGAAUGACGGAGGCCAAGAGAGAAACGGAACCGCCGAAGACAACAAUCACGGAGGUACCGAGUUUCAAGAAAGACGAUGUCUCCAUCGGAAGUGUUGGUAUGACAACUGUAACCGAAGACACCGGAAGUGUUGUUAUGACAACGGUAACCGAAGCCUCAGAAGAAAACGGAGGAGAGGGGUCAACCGGAAGUACAACCUUGACUUAUGGCCCACUAGACGGCCCUGCAACCGAUGCUCCCGAAACCCCGGUUGGCGUGUUCACAGUUCCAGAACCAUUCGAGAUGUACAUGAAUAGAAUCUUGUUGAGUGGGCACGUGCUCGGUUUCCAUGACAACCUUGAGAACGCGCUGUACUCCUCCCUGCUGAGCGGACGUGACAUCGAUCCUACGCGCUACGAGCUGAAAGUACACGCAAUCUCUACAACUUACACGAUGAAACGAAACGGUGAGGCGGUAACAGAUGUCCAAUACGCCGUGAUGUACAACGGUCACGUGCUACAGCGUUUAUGGGUGGAGCACGUGCUAAGGUACCCGGAAGUACACCAAAAGCUGCACGAUAACCUGGAGUCGAACGGCUUGAGAGAGUAUCAGCUAGCCCCAGAAUAUAGACAGGGCUCACCGUCACCGCGUGGCAUUGUCCGUCACGUGCUCUCUCUUUGCAGUCGUCCUCAUUGUCGUUAUCGUCGCCAUAGUAACCAGACGCAGGCCGCUUUCCCGGACCGGCAAGAAGGGCGCUGGCCUCAAGGGUCCGUGUGUGACGCCCGGACGGAUGAGUGAGAAGCGCCGCAUGUUCCCAAUGGACAACGAGAGUGGGGUAGUUAAUCCGGCCUACGAGUCCCCGGGGGUGUCCGUGAUGGACGGCGAGGUCGUCUGCCCAUGAAGUGUAGAGAUGACAGGAAUUGUGCAAUAAUGACUUUGAUAGUGAUGAAGUCUCACGUUAUAAUGUACUAGCAUUUUGUUGUUAUAAUUUUCAUCAAUUUUCAUAAAAUGAAAUGUUUUCAAUAAAGUACCGAAGUACAUAGUCAUAUUAA